AUGACAGUGACUUUGGAUGAUGUACAUGCCCUGUUUCACCUUCCAAUAGCUGGUACAUUUUUUACACCAGUUCAUAGGGACCAGACGACGGCGGUGCAGAUGGUGAGGGAUGCGUUAGAGGUUGAUGAGCUAGUUGUGCUCAAGGAGUUUGGUGACACUCGGGGCUUUCACCUCAGGAUGUCUUGGCUGAGGAAGGUUUAUCAACAGCUUGUCGAUGCAGGGAGGUACGAGGUUGCCGCUAGGGCGUACAUGCUACAUCUAGUGGCAUGUACUCUCUUUGCGGACAAGUCUGCUUAUUAUAUAGAUGUACGCUAUCUUACUCUCUUUAGCGACCUUGAUACUCCGUGUUGGGCUUGGGGAAUGGUUGCUCUGACGAUGAUAUACACGACGCUUGAUGCCGCAUCUCGUCCUGACAUCAGACAACUUGCUGGUUUUUUGAGCUUGCUACAGUGUUGGAUCUACAAGCAUUUCCUUCGCAUCUGUGAGCAGAGGACCCAACAUUGUGCGGCUUCUAACCCCUGUGUGAUGAGGUGGAAGGCCAAACAGAACCUUCUAGGAGAGGCACCCUUGAUGGAGUACAGACAAAGGCUGGAUGCUCUGACACUAGAUGAUGUCAUCUGGACACCGUAUAUAGGUCAUCACGAGCACCGUCCUUUUGAUGCAUCUUCCUUAUAUUCAGUUUAUGUCAGAUGGGAGAGCCAUGUGGCUAGACACUUGCCUGCGAGGUGUCUACGCCAGUUUGGUUAUAUAGAGGGCACCCCACGGCCGGUCCCGGAGGCUCCAGCUGGUGGCAUUGAUCGCUAG